AUUUUGAAAGUAUUUUAAAAAAGCAUUUGUUCCGGUUGAUCUUUGCCGGGCUUACCUCACCCUGCCUGUGAUGCUAGUAAAGCGGUUCCUGCUCUCAUACACCAAAGCAAUGCAUCGGAUUAAUCGGGCGCCAAAGGACAAAGGCGGCGCUGCAAACUCCCCUGCCGAUUAUGGUGCCGUAUGCUUGGAACACAAGCCUCUCAAUUACAACAGCAACCCGUACCAAACUUCCUUGCGAUACCUCAGCACUACCAGCAACCGCAUGGCAACAGUGAACGAUGAAAACGCAAGGCAGAUCACCGGAUCGGCGACGGUUUCACUGUAUCAAAUGAAAAAACUCAUAAAAGCGGCCUGCCCAACGUUGGGCGAAAGUGUGGAAGGUCCCACCUGCAUUGAGACGCAAUGUCCCGUUUGCCAUAUCGUGCCCGGCGUUAAUACCUCUGCGGACCCACCUCCGGUUCGUGCCCGGAUCUACGUCAAUAAAACGACGGGAAGCUUCGCGUGCUCUUCCUGCCACUAUCUAGGCCGCUGGGAGCAGAUAGAAAAAUUCUUCCCACCUUACAACCGAUCGGCAAAGUCGCUGCAGGAGUUACGCAAACUAAGGACUGCAUUUCUGGAGCUGAAACGGGAAUGUACGGGUUCCGAUACACCAGUCCACUCGAUACCAGCGGAUUCGAUCGAGCUGGAUGGUGCAAGUGCCAAAGUUGUUACCGACGCGCUAGGCAUACCGGGUGCUUUUGGUGAAUCUCUCGUCCAACUUAAAGCACGCUGGAAUGCAUUAAACAAGGAGCUGUUCGUACCACUGAAGGAUGUAGAAGAUCGAGUGAUAGGCUACAAGGCGCUGCAACGUAGUACGUCCGAAGGAGAGCUCCAUGAACGAACGGUACCAGAAGCAAAUGGGAGUGGAAUCAUUCAGCUACGUUGCAACAUUCCUAGUGCUGGUACGAGGGCGAAGGAGCAAUGCCAUCUCAAUGCCGUCCUAGUGUUGAGCGUGCUGGAUUUGUUAGCCCUUGGUACCGCAAAACUAAAUGUUACGGCCGUUUGUCUUCCGCAUGGUUUAAAGAGCUUGCCACAACAGUGUUUACCGGCGCUGGAGCGAUUUCAGCGGAUGACUUUGUGGUUUAACUACGAUACCGCCGGCUGGGAUACGGCACGGAAUUAUGCGAAAAAGCUGGAUGAACGGCGUUGCCUGUUUGUACGCCCUACGGAGCAGCACCCUACACCGUACCGGGCACUGCAGCAGCAGGACGGCGGUCCCGAACUAAAGACGAUCCUGGCCAAGGCACAGCCGAUUCUGCAUCAAUCCAUCACUACGUUCCACGCGCUACGCCAAGAUGUACUGAGCGAUCUGCAGAACAUCGAUAAGGUCCAGGGGGUCAAAUGGAGACGCUAUCCGACGCUGAAUAAACUGCUCAAGGGUCAUCGCAAGGGUGAGCUGACGGUGCUGACCGGACCGACAGGUUGCGGUAAGACAACCUUUAUGUCGGACUACUCGCUCGAUCUAGCGCAGCAGGGCGUCUCAACGCUCUGGGGUUCGUUCGAGAUACGUAACACCCGGUUAGCGGCUACACUGCUACGCCAAAUGGUGGGUCGACCGUUGGACGAACAUUUGGUCGACUUUGAGCGGUGGGCCGACGAAUUCGAGCGUUUACCGAUCUAUUUUAUGACUUUCCACGGUCAGCAACCGAUCAAGGUGGUAAUGGAAGCGAUUGAGCAUGCACAGUACGUGCACGACAUUCAGCACGUCAUUAUCGAUAACCUACAGUUCAUGAUGGGUAUGCUUGAGGAGAGCAAGCAUCUGGACCGGUACUGGAAGCAGGAUGCGAUUAUAGGUGCCUUCCGUUCGUUCGCCACACGUCGUAAUUGCCACGUAACGCUCGUGAUACAUCCGCGCAAGGAGCGCGAUACGGACGAGCUUACGACGAGUUCCAUCUUUGGUGGCGCCAAAGCCUCUCAGGAAGCCGAUAACGUGCUGCUCAUACAGGACAAACGGUUGACGUCGGUGCGGGGUAAAAAGUAUCUGCAGAUUGCAAAAAAUCGUUACAGCGGUGACCUCGGUAUUAUGCCGCUCGAUUUCGACAAGGCAAGUUUAAGCUAUGCUCAGCGUAAGAGAAAGGCAGACGGUGGAACUGACGGUUCUUCCCUAGCUGUCGCAUCGGUUGGACAUCCACAGGCGGAUUCUAUGUAG